CUUGAUAAUACCGUACUUCACCCUGCUGGCCUUCUCUCGCUCAGGUAGACGGGACGAACCGCGUAAAGUCUCCCCCCUCAGACCUGCAGUCACCCAGCGUCGUCCAUCAUGGCGGUGAAUGGCACGGCACACAUCUUGAGCUCUGCCUACCUCGCGGUGGAGUACGUCGAUGCAGUGUUACCAGAGAACCCGCUCCAGCCCUCGCUGAAACACGCCUGGAAUUACAUGCUGGACAACUACACCAAGUUCCAGAUUGCUACCUGGGGGUCGCUCAUCGUACACGAGUUCAUCUACUUCCUGUUCUGCCUGCCGGGUUUCAUCUUCCAGUUUCUACCCUUCAUGCAGAAAUAUAAGAUCCAACAGGACAGACCAGAGACCUGGGAGAAACAGUGGACAUGUUUCAAGAUGCUGAUGUUCAACCAUUUCUUCAUCCAACUGCCUUUAAUCUGUGGAACUUAUUACUUCACUGAAUUCUUCAACAUCCCUUAUGACUGGGACUCCAUGCCGCGCUGGCCCUACCUCCUGGCUCAGUGCUUCGGUUGUGCUGUCGUUGAAGACGCCUGGCACUACUUCCUCCAUCGGGCGCUGCAUCACCGCCGGAUCUACAGAUUCAUCCACAAAGUCCACCAUGAGUUUACUGCUCCGUUUGGCAUGCAGGCAGAAUACGCCCAUCCUGCUGAGACUAUCAUCCUGGGUGCUGGAUUCUUCAUUGGCAUCAUGAUCUUCUGUAACCACGUGUUCCUCCUGUGGGCCUGGGUGGCUUUCCGCCUGCUGGAGACCAUUGAUGUCCACAGCGGUUAUGACAUCCCUCUGAACCCGCUCCACCUCAUCCCGUUCUACGCCGGCGCCCGUUUCCACGACUUUCACCACAUGAACUUUGUCGGGAACUAUGCCUCCACCUUCACGUGGUGGGACAAGCUGUUCAGUACAGACAGCCAGUACAACAGGUACAUGCAGAAGAAGGAAGAGUAGAGUAGUCACAAGUCUGCUGUCACUAACACUGGGUUUGUCAGGAGGGGAGAGGAUGCAGCAAGUGUUGCACAGAAAAGAGUUUCUGCAUUAACACAAACACAAACACACGCCCCAUGUGUGCUGUAACUGAAUCAGUACUGGUUUGAUUCUGGACUGGACGGCCUCCUGACUUCACUCUGCCAUUUGUGCCUUACUGCGAACAGCGUGUUGUUGUUCUGUCAACAGCUGCUGGCUGAAUAAAACCAUUGACAUCCUCAUUUAAAUGCAUUGCUCUGCUUGGUCAUUGAAUGAAAAAAAAAGACUUUCUUGUGAAAUGCUUGGGUUUACCUCAGAGUGUCUCUGCACUUUAGCGCUUCCUCCUUAGUUGAACUGUGACUUUUAAACCGUUCAGCUGCAGUUUAGCGGAAGCUCAGAUCAACUCUAAACUCAGUGACUUCUGCAACAAGUCAGGCCCGUUUUAUACGAACCCAUUUAAACAGGGAUUGGCUCAUAUGGAGCUGCUGGAUUGUUCAGUCCUAUUUUAUUUAAGACUGUAAAGGUAAUUAAUGCUUUUUAAUUAUUUUCUGUUUGUUUUGUUUUCUUGUUAUAAUGCAAUAAAAUAUUUGAAAAUGCCUAAA